AUGGCGGCGGCGGCGGCGGCGGGCAGCGCCAGCGGCGGGAGCAGCAGCAGCGACACGUCGAGCACCGGCGAGGAGGAGAGGAUGCGGCGCCUCUUCCAGACCUGCGACGGCGACGGCGACGGCUACAUCAGCAGAAAUGACUUGUUGAUGGUCUGUCGCCAAUUGAAUAUGGAAGAGUCUGUGGCAGAGAUCAUGAACCAACUGGGUGCUGAUGAAAAUGGGAAGAUUUGCUUUCAGGAUUUUACACGGUGCCGUAUGCAGCUCAUCAGAGAAAUCAGAAAAGAGGAAAUAGGCCUUUCUGAGAAGUCAGACAACUCCUGGAAAAAGAAGAAACUGAGGGACAGAAUUGCCUCCUGGCCCACGAGCAGUGACAACAGUCUGGGUUCAGACUGCCGUGUUCCAGAUCUGGGUCCUCUUUCCAUCCUCUGAAUUACUGGCAGUUUCCUCCAGAC